AAGUCGUUUUAUGGUGUUAGACGCGUCCACACCAUAUUCGUUCACAUAGAGAAUCACAACCUUCCCCACCACCAGCGUUGUUAACUAUAUUCUCUCCCAUAACCAAGUUCUCUCUUGAUUCUCUACCCUUGUCUCUCGAUCUCUCUCCAUUUUCGGGACCACGCAUCACGCGCCAUCCAUGGCUUCUCCACCGACACUCCCAAUUUCCCAAUCCAACCAAGGAGCCGCUGCCCCCCCUCCGUCUCAGUCAACGAUCGCUACACCAGCCUUGCGCGCCUUCCUCUCACGCCUCUCGAACUCUGUUCGCCAUGGCUUCUCUCAGCGCCGCCCCUGGUCCGAGCUCCUCGAUCGGAGCUCUUUAUCUAGACCUGAUUCCCUCACCGAAGCCUACUCCCGGAUCCGGAAGAACGUCCCGUAUUUCCGCGUGAACUACGCGAUCCUAGUCGGCAUCGCUCUCGCACUCUCGCUCCUCUCCCAUCCGUUCUCUCUCAUUGUUCUUCUCUCACUCCUAGCCGCCUGGGCUUUCCUUUACCUCUUCCGGCCGUCCGAUCAGCCACUGGUCAUUCUCGGCCGCACGUUCUCAGAUACGGAAACCCUCAUCGGCUUGGUGUUGGUGACGGUGAUCGUUGUCUUCGUCUCCAGCGUCGGAUCGCUUCUGAUCUCGACUCUGUUGGUUGGAUUCGCCAUUGUGUGCGCUCACGGUGCGUUUAGGGUUCCGGAGGACCUGUUCCUCGACGACCAAGAUAGUCCGAACACUGGCUUCCUCUCAUUCCUCGGUGGUGCUGCCUCAGCCGCCGCACCGUCCCUCGCCACGCGUGUGUAGUGGAAAAUUUUGCCUCCACCGUCUCAAGGUUUGUUAGGGAGAGAAUUUGUUUUACUCUUGGCACUUUAUUGAUUAUUCUUGCUUUCUUUCUAGAAAGAAAGUGUUCUGUUUGGCUUUACUUAAAUUGUAGAUUGAAUCUUUAACUAAUUUUGUUCGGAAACUGCCUCAAGAUGUAAGAUUUUCCGAUUUUGUAUUGAAUUUUAUAGUUCUUCCAAUGAUAAUUCAGAUUCUGCAUUA